AUGGCUUACGACAAGGAACUUCAAACCGCCCUGCUCGCUGUCCAACAAGCCACCGCACUCACCAAAUCCGUCUUCCAUUCCCAUGCGAAAGGCACUCUCAACAAGAGCGAUGCGUCGCCUGUCACGAUUGGCGAUUUCGGCGCUCAAGCCAUCAUCAUCGCUGCUCUGCAACAGAACUUCCCUGAGGAUGAGAUUGUAGCUGAAGAAGAGGCGAAAGAUUUGAGAGAAAAUGAGGGUUUGAGGAAAACCGUGUGGGAUCUGGUGAAGACGCAUGCUGAGAAGGAGAUCCCCAAUGCGGAGAAGAUGUUGGAUUUGAUUGACAAGGGAGCUUCACAAGGAGGGAAUAAGGGACGUAUUUGGGCCAUUGAUCCUAUUGAUGGGACUAAAGGGUUCUUGCGAGGAGGACAGUAUGCCGUCUGUCUUGGGUUGAUGGUGGAUGGAGAUGUCAAAGUUGGAGUUCUCGGAUGUCCGAACCUGCCAGUCUCAAAUUCGGAGCCUCUGACGGAAAGCAUGGGCACUGAUGCCUCCGAUGCAGAAGGCAAAGGCGUUCUCUUCUCUGCCGUGCAAGGACAGGGUUCGCGAAGUCGACCGCUCGGGAAGGGAGGAGUCCUGGAGCAGGAGGUGGAGAUACGCAUGAAGCCUCUCAACAACAUUUCGGAUGCGACGUUCUGUGAGAGCGUAGAGGCAGGUCAUUCCUCACAGGGUGAUGCGGCGAACAUUGCGAAGAAGCUGGGCAUCACCAAGCCUUCUGUGCGCAUGGAUUCGCAAGCCAAGUACGGCAGCAUCGCGAGAGGUGCGGGCGACCUGUAUCUGAGAUUACCUGUGAAGAAAGACUACGUGGAGAAGAUCUGGGACCACGCCGCAGGGGAUUUGAUAGUGAGAGAAGCGGGCGGACAGGUCACGGAUGUAGAGGGGAAGAGGUUGAUUUUCGGGCUGGGAAGGACUUUGAAGGAGAACAAGGGAGUAAUUGCCGCGCCUAAAGAUGUGCAUGCUAAGGUCAUCGAGGCUGUUCAGAGUGUUUUGGGCAGUAAGCAGUAG